ACAACCAGCUAAAUAUGGGCUCCAUAUCUGUAUUGAUCCACCUCCUUCCAGGCGAUCUUCCUAACUUCUUAAGAACCUGCAUCAUGCAGUUACAGCUAGAGCCAUUGGUCACUCUUGUCAAUGUCACUAGAUAUAGAUCAUACAGUUUUGUCACUUUAAUGUAUGGGAGGGGGUGAUUGUUUCCCCCUUCCACUAUCAUCAUCCCCCUUGAUGUCUAGGGACGGAGAGAGGUGACACUGGCUAACCUGCCUCUUGUAUGAAAAAAGCCUAAGUGGGUGUUUGGAUGACACCCUCCUCUAACCCAAUUUUGUCAAAACUACAUUUUGUGGAAAACCAAUUUUUUUAUUGAGUUUUAGAAACUUUGUUUUGUUUUUUUUUUUUUUGGUGACACAGCCAAAAUCUGGUUUUUGAAUAGCCUAAAGGGCGCAGAUUUUUCGUUCCCUUUUACAAAACCAGGUUUUCUUGAAACCCAGCUUUCAUAACACCCAAACACUCCAAAAACCUGGUUUCGAAGUGUCAUCUAAACACCCCCUAAAUUUUCUAUUGCCUAAUUUUAGUGUACCUAUCAGCCAUUGAUUUUUCACAUCCUUAAAAACACUUAUUGGCACUAAGUACCUAUUUUAAUGUAUCCGGUCUGACCCUAAUUUCCAUAAUGGAAAACUAACCUUUCAAUCAUGCUUAUGACUACUAUCUUGAUGUGCAAAAAUUGAGUACCAACAAGGUUAUUGCAUAAUUUCUGAAGCAGUUCCACCUGAUGAGAGAUUGAUUUUAUUACUAUAUCAACAGUUUAUGAUGUAUUUGCUGUCAUUAAGUAUUAAGCCAGCUAAGAUGAUAAUAAACGAACCAUACUAGACUAAAGAUGCCCAUAUUGUUGGAUUCAAUAUUUCAUUUGUUCAUCUACCCAAACAAGAUCUAAUGCUAUAUAAAUACAUACAUACAUAACAUUUGUCACAAAUAUUGUUCUCGAAUUUUUAACAAUGAGAUUUUUCUUGGGUAUCCUUCGGCAAAUUUGUUUUCUCAGGAAAAUCUCAUGAAAAAAAUCGGAAACUUUAGAAAAUAGAAAAUUCCAAGAAAUUAGGUAAAAAUAAAAUAAAUGAAACUAAUGAUCAAACAUAAAUCAAACUAGAUAAAAUUGACAAAAAGAAUGCUUUAAUGAUGAUAAAAAUGAUGAAAAAAAUUUAUUUGAAGUUCAAAUUUGAAUGAAUGAUGGUAUUAACUUAAAAAAAUGACAAAAAGAAUGCUUUAAAAUUUCAGAUGCAUGAUAGACGCUUGCCUAGGUCAUGUGGAUAAUUCAUUGUGAAUGGGAGUGUGCUGCCUUAGUGUUAGGAAUGCUAUUCCAGGUGCUUUGAUGCAAAUAUAUCAUUAUGGUUGCUAUUUGUGGUUGUUGUCUGCUGGAAAUGGGAAGUUAAUUGGAGAUGUGCUUUUAGAUGCUCUUGGAACCUUAGUUUAUAGGGAUGUCAACACUUCCAAGUUCCAACCAGGUGUACUCUUAACCAUAUCCAUCUUUUCGGAUGUUCACAUAUUUAGAUUCAAAUUCAAACUCACAUAUGAAUACAAAAAGAUGCAUCUGAAUCCGAAUUUCACGAUCCAAAUCUGAUAUUUAAAGAUGCAUCCAAAUUCGAAUCCGAUUUUUAAACUGAAUCCGGACCACAUUACCAUAUGAUUUAUAAGGACAUCAGAUAUAGGAUGUUUGUUUAAAACUAAAUCAGAUCGAAUCGGAUCAGAUAGUUGUGCUGAAUCCGAAUCAGAUUGAAUCUCAUUUCUUAUAUCCAAUGUUGUACGUAUUGUACGAUACGACCCCGUCUCGUACGAUACGUAUCGUCUCGUUUGAAAAAAACGGUACGAUACACCCCCGUAUCGUAAAAAGGGGGUGUAUCGGCCCUGUAUCGCACGUAUCGUACGAUACGAGGCGAUACACUCCGUAUCGUAUGAUACGGCCUAAAAACGCAAAAAGGGGCCCGAGACCUGCUUAUUCGGCUUCUUUUUGAAAUUUUUCUUCCGUUCUUCAUUUCUAACGCUUGGAUAGUGCCGUGAGGGAGGGCGAUCGUUCAUUUUCACCGUGAAAAACUUGAUUUUCAUCGUCAAAUUGAAGAUUAAGUGGUCGAUUUGUGCGUGGGUGCUUGAUUUUCGUGGGAAGGAAAGGGGUUUUCUUCAUUUCAGACAUUUCUUCUUCGUAAGGUAUGAAAUCUCAUGUUCUUACCAUGUAUUCUUAAUUUUUUACCGUAUAAUCGUAGAUUGGAAGACUUUGAGUGUUUUUCAUUAAGUUUACCAUAGGAUUUCGUUUUUUUUUUUGAAGAUAUGGAUCCUACAUGGCAAUGGUGCGAAAGGGUGAAGGAGAAUAACCGUUUGAAACUCAAAUGUAGCUUUUGUGGGAAUACACUUUCAGGAGGGAUUAUUAGAAUGAAACACCAUUUGGCAGGGACCUCCAAAGAUGCGUCUCCUUGUGUUGGAGGACCAAACAAACCUUUGCCUCCAUUUGUGCGUCAACAAUGUUUAGAUAUGCUUCAUGCUUUACGUCAAAAGAGAAUACAAAAAGAAAUUGAAGAUGCAGAUGUAGGAUAUAAUGUGCCUUUGGAAGAUGAAGAAGAAGAGGAAGAAGCUUAUGAAUGUGAUGAUGAAGACGGUAGCAGCCUAAGAACAGAUUUGGAGACCUCAAGAGGCAGAGAUCGUAGAGGAAAAGGAAUUACGUAUGAAGGAGGUCGAUCUGGCAUAACGGGAAGGAAGAGGAGAGGCACAACAGAUAUUAGGGCCAGGCGUGGUAUGCGACGACCUAGUGGUAGAGUUUCUACUGGUAGGUCUAGUGUUGGCUCUAUUAAGAGUUUUUUCCCUUCAUAUACCAGCCCAGGUGGUCAGCCGCAGAUUCGUGCUGCUAUGACAUCUAAAGAUAUGCUAUAUCAUGCACAAAAGCAGGUAGGGAAAUGGUUUUAUGAUGCAUGUAUUCCAUUUAAUGCAGCUAAUUCUUUUCAAUUCCAAGCCAUGGCAGAUGCAAUUGCUUCUAUAGGCCCCGGAUUCAAAAUGCCAUCAUAUCAUCAGUUGAGGGGCAAAAUUCUUCAGGAUACAGUCAAAGAAGUGUCUGAGCAUUGCGAUGAGUUGAAAUUAUGUUGGAAGGAAACAUGUUGCUCCAUUAUGUCAGAUGGUUGGACUGAUACAAGGUCAAGAACACUUGUAAAUUUUAUUGUUUAUUGCGCUAAAGGUACAAUGUUCUUGAAAUCUCUUGACUUGUCUGAUGUUCCUAAGACUGCUGAGAUUUUAUUCAAUGUUUUUGAUAAUGUCGUACAAGAAGUUGGACCUGCAAACGUUGUACAGUUUAUUACAGAUAAUGCUGCAAAUUAUAGAGCUGCAGGAGAUUUGUUAUUUCAAAAGUAUAAAACAUUUUAUUGGAGUCCAUGUGCCACUCAUUGUGUUAAUCUAAUGCUUCAAGAUCUUAAUGAGAUGCAUGAUAUGAAAUCAGCCAUUGACCAAUGUCAAGAGGUAACAAAAUUGAUCUAUAAUCAUGCAUAUGUAUUGAGUUUGAUGAGAAAAUUUACAAAAGGAGUUGAAUUAAUACGACCUGCACAAACUAGAUUUGCCACAAAUGUAUUGACUGUGAAGAGUGUGGUGAAACAAAGAACUCCUUUGAGAUAGAUGUUUGCUAGUGAAGAAUGGGCUGCAUAUCCACAUGCUCAUAAAAGAAAUGCUUCUUUAGUUGUGGAUAUUAUAUUCAAUAACGUAUUUUGGGAAUCAUGUGUGAAGCUAUUGAAGGUUUGUGUUCCAUUAGUUAAGGUUCUCAGGUUGGCUGACAGCGAAGACAGACCUUCCAUAGGGUACUUAUAUGAGGAUAUGGACAAAACAAAAGAGGCAAUUCGAGACAACUUAAAGGAAAAGAAAAAGUUAUAUAUGCCCAUUUGGAAGAUUAUAGAUAAAAGGUGGACUGGACAGCUUCAUCAACCUCUUCAUGCAGCAACUUAUUAUCUAAAUCCUGCAAUUAGAUUUUCUCCUACAUUUAAGAAAGACAAAGAAGUUAUGCAUGGUUUGUUAGAUUGUAUUAAUGUGUUAGUGGAAGAUUCUACAGAACAAGAUGCUGUGCACAAUGAGUUGGAUCUAUAUGAUAGUUGUUUUCGGAACAUGGGACUACCUGCCGCCGUUCGAGCCAGGACAACGAUGCGUCCAGAUUUGUGGUGGAAUAGGUAUGGGUUUGAUUGUCCAAACCUAGCACGUUUUGCAGUCAAAGUCCUCAGCCAGACAUGCAGUGCUAGUGGAUGCGAAAGGAACUGGAGUGUGUUCCAACAUAUCCAUAGCAAAAAAAGGAAUAGGCUCGAACAUAAAAGGUUGAAUGACCUUGUCUUUGUUCGAUAUAAUAUGAGGUUGAAACAAAGAGAAUUAGAAAAAUCAUUAGCAAGGAAGCACACAUCUCAGUUCGAUCCUAUCAGCUUGGAAAAUUUUGACGAUCUAGAGCCAUGGAUUGAAGAAGAACCAGCUACAAUAUUUGAUGAUGAAGAUUUUGAAUGCUUCAACCUUGAAGCUGAAGCAACAGAAGGCUUUGUUGAUGAAGGAGAGUCUGCUACUGCGGGUGUUGGUGCUGAAUAUGUUGGUGAAGAUCUUCCAAUUCUUGACGAUGAAGAAGAAGAUGAAGAUGAAGAUUAUGAAUGAUGAAUCAUGAAUGAGAGUCAAGUCAAGAGUGCUUUCAUUUUAUAUGUAUCAAAAACUUAAAGAGUUAUGAAUCUAUGGUUGUUGAAGUGUUAACACUUGAUUGAAUGUUUUAUCAUUUAUGACUUUAUCACUUUAUGGCUUAUGGCCUUAUGCUUUGUUGAAUGAUAUUGUAUUAUUGUUAUGAAUUUUGAUGUUUAUGAAUGAUGAACGCG